AUGUCUCCACAGAGUAUAAAUGGAUCCGCUGGAGUCAUCAUGAGCAUGCCAAAGGUGCUCAGGGGCGCAGGAAAUUGGAACUCCGGACACUUCACAACGUCCGAAAUGAGGGCCAUGGCGGUACAAGGCAAAGCGAAGCUACAGAAUGGGAACAGCGAUGAGCGAGAGAUCGUGCAAUACUCGUGGACGGAGGCUGGUGCCUCAAUAAUGACGGUGGUUGAGAGGCGGUUCACCGUGCGGCAUCGGCAACGCGCUACCACGUGUAACCCUGCUAUCGAUAAGACACCAGCAUUUAAUGUCUCCUCCCCGCACACUCCACAAAAACCUAACGAUAGUCAACGAGCCAAUUAUCGGUGGCACAAUCCUUUUUCUUGGGACAGGCACCACAUGGCGCGAGUGGCUCGAACUCCUUUAAACGGGCGUCACAGGUCGCCGGCGGCGGCUGAAGGCAUCGCAUACGGGUAG